CCGUUACGGGAUAGGCAGACCACUACAAUGUGAUAGCCCUUUAAAUGCAUUGCUGUCUUUGAAGGACGUACUUUGAAUUUAGGGAAACCGGGAGAGAGAGUUAUUUCUAGAAAUUCCGUUUUUUGUUCAUAAAUUCAGUUUUUUCUUUGUAUACAAUUUAGAAACUUUUAUUGUUAUCGCAAUCAUCAACGUUAGAAUAGCAAAUUCUGCACGACCUCAGGAGCGAGUGAUGUCGAAAGGUCCCAUUUUGAACACCAAUAGCGUGGCUUCUGGUUGAACCUACCUCACCAUUGCUACAUUUGGAUUAAAAUGUGCAGAGUGUGUUGAUUGGAAACCAAACCAUUGGAGUUGUAUUUAUUUUUUAAAAUUUUUUAACGACAUGGAUGACAUUAACCUUUUUUUAAUUAAAUUGAUUAAAAAAGAACCUGUCAUUUUUGACAAAUCGUCGAAUUAUUAUAAAGAUGUCACAAGGAAGAGAGAAGCUUGGGAGAGGAUAGUGAAGCAGUUCAAUGACAAUACUGGGUGCAAUGUUACAGUGAAGCAAGCACAAGGAAGGUGUCGAAUUUUGAAGGAAAAUUAUUCAAAAGAAAGAGCUGCGUUCAAGCAGCAUACUCCAUCAGGAUCCGCUGCACAACGCGGACCAGAAUGGAUAUAUUUAAAUGAUAUGUCCUUUAUGGAGCCUAUAGCUGAGCACAUGUUCACUGUCGAAUCCUUUGGCGGAGCGUACUCUGCAGUAGAGGAAGAACGAGAAGAAGAAGAAGAAGAAGAAGAAGAGAUGGAAGAAGAAGAAGACGAAACAGAGAACGAAGGUGGAAAUAUAUUUUUUUAUUUAAUACAGGCCUCUGAUUAUACGUUUUUUUCGACUUUAUAAUACUUCUUUCAAUGAAUGCGACUUUUCUAGACUUUAAUAAAUCCAGAUUAAAUUAAGUACAAUUUUGGUAGUGGGUUCAAAAAGAACCACAAUCUCUGUGAACCGACUUUUGAGAUUAUACUUCUUAAGAAUAGGAAAAGAAAUAUAAGAAUAAGAACUUCCUUACAGGAACUUCCUUACAAGAAAUCAAGAAAUUUUUGUUUUUUAAAAAAAAUAUUUAAAUUAUGUAUUUCUGAAACCCCCUCUGUUUUUCACAAUUUUUGAUAAACCCUGGCGGAUUGGGUAAACCGAGUUGUAACCGAAUUGGGUUACGAUUCGGUUACGUUUCGGUUCCUUGUAAAAUAUUGUCGUUAAUCGACGUAAUAUGUUGUAAAUAACUAUUAGGAAUGGUUAAUAGACAUUUAGAGUGCUUAUUUAUGCAAUAAUAAGAAUAAAUUAAGAUAUAAUUACUUCAUAAUAAGUGUUUUAAGUGUACAGUGCAUACCAUCAGUGGCAGCUGAGAUACGCGCGUUAAACACUAGAUGGCGUUGAAGAUUACUUUGUGAAUGAAUUUCUAAAAUUAAACCCUUGAGUUUCAAAUGUGUAAGUGAAUAUAAGUUUUAAAAAAAUAGAUCGAUAUAUUAAAACAACUUUUUUCAUUUGUACAAAUAAAAAAAAAAUUUUAUUAGGAAAAAAAAUUUUUUUAAUGAAAAAAAUUUUUUUUUCUGUCAAAAUUAAUCUUUCUCCUUUCAUUGAGAAAAGAAAUUUUUUUAUUCAGAAAAAAUUUUUUUUUUCAAAAUUAAUAUUUUGGAACAUGUGUUCCUUCUGCUCAAGAUUUUUCUGCAGCCAGCAGUGAAUUUUCGCGGGAAAGAAUACGAAGAGAGAAAGCAAUUGUUAUACUGGACAGUUGGUCGCGUGUCCCGGAAAGAAACAGGUUUGCCUGAUACCAAGAUUUGACAUCGUUAAUAAAGAAAAGCAAUAACGAAGAUAAAUAAAAUGUAGUUAUUUUAUGUAUAAUUUUUUUAAAAAUUUAUGUAAAGCAG